AUGAGUAAACUGAAACAGAAACAGAAAAUUGAAAAGAAAAAACGCAAAAAGAAGAAACAAAAAGAACUGUCUCCAAGGCAGAUAAAGCACAUCCGGCGGCAGAAAGAGAAAAAGGAGCGAAGGAAGAGACUGCAUGACAAGAAACUAAAGGAGAAACGUAGAUUAAGACAUAAGAAACUAGGAACAGGACCAUACAACAAGACUAUAACAGAUUACUACGGCAUUUACUAUGAACCACAGAGCAGCCAGUUGAAUGAAUCUUUGUACGACUCAAUCUAUGACACAAGUGAAAUAGACAGUGAUGCCAUAUAUGAGGAAAGGAUGAAAGAGAGAUACGAUGAUUAUCCUGAAUCUGAAUCAGAAGACUCCGAUGCCUACUAUGACGAACAAAUUUAUGGGGACACUAAAGAAUCUGGUGAAGUGAAGGAUAAUGAUGAAGGUGAUGGAGAGGGAAGUAAAGAGACGAAGAAAGGAAACAGUGAGGGUUUAAACAAGAAAGGGUCUGGAAAACCACAGGAGUUUACUGCAAAUGAGUCCCAUUCAGAGAAAAGGAAGAAAGAUACAAAGAAAGGAAAUAACGAAGAAUCGCCUGAAUUUUUCAAAAUCAUAUCCCAAUUCUAUUUAACUGCAAGUGAAGAGUACUGGCCAGAUAUUCAGCAAUUCCUUUCACAGCUAACAGUAAAAAAGGAGGAAUUGAUCAAUGCCCUUGAGAGAGUUAAAGAAAAUCAAAGAGACAAAUUACAACAGGAUCCAAUAGAAAGGUAUAAAACAACAUUAAAAGAAAGUGAUGGGGCGACUCGAGUCAAACGAAGAGUGAACAAAACGUUGCAAAGGAAACGAGCGAAAAAGAAAAAACAGCGGUUGAGAAGGUUCGAGCGUAAGAGACUCAGAAUGCUGACUCACGCAAGACGAGUGCGGCGGCAGCAAAAGGCUAAACAGGCGAGAUUGCAGCGUCAUUACGCAAGAAUGAACAUGUCAACGACCGAAACACCAGACCACCUUAGAAAUCACACGGCGGCUGGGGAUGAAGAUAUUGAAAACGAUACAAGCAGAACUGAAGAUAGCGAGAAUGAUGGUGAUGAGGAAUACGAGAGUAGCGAAUACGAAGAUGAAAGUGAAGAUUCUAAAACCAGCAAGUCCAGCGAUGAUAGUCAUCACAGUGGGACAUCUGAAGUUUCUGAUGAAGAUGAAGCAGAAGAUAGUGAAACCAUAAGUAAUCCUGACUAUGGAAAUGAUGACUAUGAAGAUUAUGAUGAAAGUGACGAAGAUUAUGAAGAUGAGAGCAGUGAGGAGUCAAAGAAGAAGAAAAAGAAGAUCAAGUCAUCGGGCAAAGGUGUUGGUAAACGAAUGCAAACAGUCACUAACAAUAAAUAUAGUGAGAGGAAGAAGCAUCAGAGGGCGGAUAUAAAUGCAAACCCUUUAAAAGGAGCAAACCUGGGAUUUCCACAUAAAGAUGAUAAAGACAUCUUUGAACACUGUGUUUGA